AUGUCGGUCAGAAGAGCAGCCCAUGCUGGAUCGUGGUACGAAGAUGACGGCACCACGUUAACCGCGGAGCUGGACGGAUGGUUCGCUGCUGUUCCGGAUGAGAUUGGGGGUUUGGGGUCAUUGCCGGUUCCUGGCGCAAGAAUAAUCAUAGGGCCACACGCGGGAUAUGCGUACUCAGGACCAUGCGCGGCGUGGGCGUACAAGUCGCUCGAUCUUUCCAACGCGAAACGCAUCUUCCUGCUGGGCCCUUCUCACCAUCACGCCCUCGCAACAAUCGCCCUGCCCGAACUAACCUCCUACGCAACCCCGCUCUCCAAGGACCCCCUCCCCCUGGAUACAGAAACAAUCAAGAAGCUAUCCUCAUCCUCAUCCCGCUUCGAAACUAUGUCUCGACGUACCGACGAACGAGAGCAUAGCAUGGAGCUGCAUCUCCCAUAUAUCCACCGCAAACUGCAGCUCACGUUCCCUGACCGGUCUACCUCGGAAUACCCGCCUCUUGUGCCGAUCAUGGUUGGUAACACCAGCGCCGACACUGAGCGUACCGUUGGCGCGCUGCUAGCUCCAUACUUGGCAGACCAGUCAAAUGCGUUUAUUAUUAGUUCAGACUUUUGUCAUUGGGGUCAGCGGUUUGGGUACACGUAUUAUGUACCUGACGCUCCGCAACAGAAGCCACCGCUGCCACUAACAUUUGAUCACUUGCCUCAGCCACCAACAACGAUUCCCCAGGCUGAAGAAGCUACAGUGGCCGUAUCAGGCCAGUCUCUACGCCGUAACAGCGAGUUACAGACGGAAAUCUAUGAUAGUAUUUCGGCCGUAGACAUUGCGACUAUGAAAGCAAUUACGACAGGAAAUGCCAAGCAGUUUCUUAGUAUUCUCAGGAAAACUGGUAAUACAGUGUGCGGUCGACAUCCUAUUGGAGUUAUUAUGGCGGCUUUGGAGGAAUUCGCUGCUGCUACGGGUGGGGAUGUAGGCAAGUUUCAUUUCAUCAGGUAUGAGAGAAGCUCAGAUCCAGAUGAUGUUUCCGACAGUUCGGUGAGCUACGUGAGUGCAGUGGCAGUGGUUUAA